UUGAGAGAGAGAGAGAGAGAGAGAGAGAGAGAGAGAGAGAGAGAGAGAGAGAGAGAGAGAUCAAUGGUUUAUGUUUACAAGCAAUUAAUUUGUCUUGGUGUACUGGUGGUAAUAAUAAGUUAUAAGUUAUUAGCUAAUUAAAGCAAUAUCAUGCCUCCGAAAAAGAAAGGAACAGGGAAGUCUGCGGAGGAAAAGAGCAGUACUGUAGACCAAGUACCAUCUACAGCGAAGGGAAAGCGCAGUACUGUAGCCCGAAAAUCAUCUACUGCGGAGGAGAUGUCAAAAGAGCAGCUGGAAAAGCAAAUUAUCCAGAUGCGUGAGGAGCUGGAUCGGGAGCAAAAAGAGCGCAACUACGUCCAGCAGGAGAGAGAUAAGAUACAUGACUUUUGGGAGAUCAGUAAAAGCCAUCUAGAGGAGAAGAAAGCAGAAAUAAGGAACAGGGAUAAAGAACUGGAAGAAUCUUCAGAGAAACAUCAGGAAGAGAUCAGGAAGUACAAGGCGAAGGUUAAACACUUGCUGUUUGAACAUCAAAAUAGCAUCACGGAGUGUAAGCACGAGGGAGUGGUUGCCACUAAACUCCUGGAGAAAGAGCGGGCAGACCUGGAGAGCGAGCUGCAGAGAGAUAUACGCAGGCUGAAGGUAGAUUUGAAAGAACAGGAGCACCCGUACAAGAAAUCCAUCAAGAGCCUAAAACUGAGCAAUGAAAAGGAGAUCACCAAGCUCAGAAGUGAAUUUGAGGAAAAAUUACGAGUAAUCAAGGCUACGUAUGAGACGAAGCUGGAAAAACAUCGAGAGGAGCAAGACCUGAGGCGCAAGACUGAAAUCCAUGAGAUCGAGCAAAGGCUGAACGUCCACAUUAACACGUUGAUAAAGAACCACGAUAAAGCCUUCGGUGAUCUAAAGAACUAUUAUAAGGAUCUCACUCAGGAGCGCGUGAGCCAAAUCGGCUCGCUUAAGGAGGAAGUGGCUGAAAAGAACACGAAGGGGAAGAUGUUGGAGGAGGAGAUGCCCAAGGUGCUGCAGCAGAACAAACGUCUGACGGAGCUACUGCAGAAAGCCACGCAGGAAGUGUCAGUGCUGCAGAUACAGCACGAAGACUAUAAGAAGGACAAAAGCAUACUGGCGGCAACAAAAGCACGUCUCAAAGUGACAAAUAACAAGCUGAAGGACCUGAAAAUGGAGCAGGAACAUCUGGAGCAGAGAUUCAGUAAGAUGCAGCAGGAUCAUGAUGAACUGUACAAGAAGUUCGACAAGGCCAUCCUGGAGGUGCAGCAGAAGAGCGGCUUUAAAAACCUUCUUCAGGAGAGGAAACUGUCAUUCAAACAAACACCGGAGAAUAAAGAGGGACCGCUUAACAAGGUCCUUCCUGCCUCCAAUUUAGAGCCCAGUGCCUUUCCGUAUUAUAAAUUCUUUAUUUUAAUAUUUUGAGAUACUGGAUUUGUGAUUUCCAUGAGUUAUAAGCUCAUAUAUUUUUUUUAAUUUUUAUUUUUUUCAAAAAAGCAAGCAUGUCAUUGAAUGUUAUCUUAUUUGUAUGUGUGCGACUUCCCUGUUCAUUUCUUCUUCGGAGGCUGAAACAGUAAUAAAAGUUCUUAGUUCUUA